AACAAAACAUGGCCACCUUAAAAUAAAGUGUAAUUUUUCCAUUGUGAAUCUGUUAAAACAUGUUAAAACACACACCCACAUGGAAACACAACCAUGCACUCAGUGCAGUGUUAUUUUGUGUAAAUAUAUAUUUUUUGUUCAUUGCUUUAUGUAGAUACCUUCUCGUUUUUUCCAUGUUGCUUAGCAGUCACUUACACUCCAUAGUCAGGGAAGAGGGGGCUUCACCUCGCCUGACAAAUAUGUUAUGACUACAGUAACAUAAAAUAGAAAAAUUUAUAUCUGUUCACUGAUUUGUCAGAAAUGUUAUAGAAUAUAAUUUGUCUCUAUAAUUUCAAAUACCUUAACAUUUUUCUAGGUAAAAGUCGCUGAAUUUGGGCAUUUAAUGAUCCAAUAUGUUUAGAAACCGGAUGUAGGGCAGCAACGAGCAGAGCCUCAGCCCUGAUAAUCAAACCGUCAGUAAAUAGGCUGAUACAUGACAUGUUAAAUUUCUGUUUCACAGCUUGUUACCAAUAUGUUUGCAGCCUACAAAUGGAUUUAUUCUACACAAUGACUUUGUACCACCUGCCUAAUGUGUUUAUCAAUGAUUUUUUGACAAUUACUUUUCUGAACAAACUAAAACCAGCAGAGAAAACUAUGAUGGGAGGUUGGACAGUUCUCUGCUUCAUGUAGCAGUUGUUUUUCUUUUUAUGCUAAUAAAGAAAAAUGUAAAACUGAUUUAUCCCAAAUUUAGCGUUUUACCCAUCCACCCAUGGAUCCAUCCAUUUUCAUCCGCUUAUCCGAGGCCGGGUCGUGGGGGCAGCAGUCUGAGCAGAGAGUUCCAGACUUCCCUCUUGCUUGUUGUGAGUGAGCUUCCAGACCGCCAGAGGGCACUGUGGCUCACGUGGCAUUAUGGCCCUCUUGGUUGGUUCUUUGUUUUUUUCAUUUCCUGUCGUGUCAUGUCCUGUUAUUAGGUUAAUUAGAGUCACCUGUUUUAGUAAGUAUUUAAGUUUCUGGUUUGGGUACAGUCUUUGUUGGUUCGUUAUUCUUAUUCUUAUUCCUAUUCUUAUUCCUAUUCCUAUUGUUAUUCCUAUUUCUUAUCCUUUGUCUAUAGGUGUUACAUGGAGGUUGUUGUUAGAUGUCGUUUCUGUCUUGUGGUCCAGUCCUGUCCCUGAUCAAGUUCCGGCUCCACGUCUGGUUUCGUCUUUGGCUCCGGUUCCGGCUCCACGUCUGGCUUUGUCUUUGGCUCCAGUUCUGGAGUGGGUGGGGCUGCUUCUUGUUUCCCCGAUGGCAGCACCGCGUGAGGUUCCUGUCGCCAAGCCACGUUUGACCCUUGAGGUUCCUGGUGGUCCGGUGGAGGCCACGAUUGUUCCUGGCGGUCCGGUGGGGGCCAUGGUUGGUCGUGGUGGUCCAAGGAGGACGCCGCUGGUUCCUGUUUGUCGCGGUGGUCCAUGGAAGACGCCGCUGGUUCCUGUUCGUCGCGGUGGUCCAUGGAAGACGCCGCUGGUUCCUGUUCGUCGCGGUGGUCCAAGGAGGACGCUGCUGGUUCCCGUUUGUUGUCGCAGUGGUCCAAGGAGGACGCCGCUGGUUCCUGUUCGUCGCGGUGGUCCAAGCUGGACGCCGCUGGUUCCAGUUUGUUGUAGCGGUGGUCCAAGGGGGACGCCGCUGGUUCCCGUUUGUCAUCACGGUGGUCCAAGGAGGACGCCGCUGGUUCCUGUUCGUCGCGGUGGUCCCAGGAGGACGCCGCUGGUUCCUGUUCGUCGCGGUGGUCCAAGGAGGACGCCGCUGGUUCCCGUUUGUCGUCGCGGUGGUCCAAGGAGGACGCCGCUGGUUCCCGUUUGUCGUCGCGGUGGUCCAAGGAGGACGCCGCUGGUUCCCGUUUGUCGUCGCAGUGGUCCAAGGAGGACGCCGCUGGUUCCCGUUCGUCGUCGCGGUGGUCCAAGGAGGACGCCGCUGGUUCCCGUUCGUCGUCGCGGUGGUCCACGAGGGGCCUUAGGGCUCAUGGGGGCUAUGCCACCAGACUGGUCGCCUUGCCGCCAUAAUCACCCAUUGUUACGCUGGCUCUGCCUCUACCGUCGACGCCCACCCAGAGAGCUGGGCCCGUGUUCAGGGGCACCAGGAGUGCCAAUUGACUCCCAGCGGCUGCUGGGUUGGACCCUGCCUCGUUGGCACCCACCAUGAGACUGGUGGAGGACUCGUUAUUCGGGCACUACCUCAGUUUGUUUUGGACUUGUUUUACUAUUGGGAGUUACGUUAGAGGGGUUGUGUUUUGAUCUAAAGAGGGUAUGUGAUGUUAUGGGUUUUUUUUUUUUUGUUUUGGAGUGUGUACGGUUUGGUUGGUUCAUGUUCUGUUGCUGGUUUGUGGGUGUUCUUGUCUUGUUCUGUGUUUUGGUUUUGUUUGUCCCUCCUCCUCGCCUCCCUCCGCCCGCCCGGGCUCGACGGGGCGUGGUUCUGGCCGUCUAGAAGCCGGCCUUGGGGGUGGGGCUCUGUUGUGAGUCCGCUUCCAGACAUGUCGUUGUGUCAUUGUGCUCUCUGUCCAGUUUUGUGUGUUAGUUCGGGGUAGGUUAGGAACCAUGGCCUCAGAUUUGGAAAAACUGAUUCUCAUCCCAGCCGCUUCACACUCAGCUGCAAGCAGCACCAGAGCACGCUGAAGGUCCUGGCCCGAUGAAGCCAACAGGACAACAUCAUCUGGAAAAAGCAGGGACACAGUCCUGUGGUCCCCAAUCCAGACCCUCUCCAGCCCCAGGCUGCGCCUAGAAAUUCUGUCCAAAAAAAUAAUGAACAGAACCAGUGACAAAGGGCAGCCCUGCCGAAAUCCAACAUGCACCGGGAACAGGUCUGACUUACUGCUCCGGUUGUACUGAGACCGGACAGCCCUUAGCAAAGGGCCGUUCACUCCCUAUUCCCAGAGCACCCCCUAAAGGUUGUCACGAGGGACACAAAACACAUGUACACUGGUUGGGCAAACUCCCAAAAACCCUCAAGCAUCCUCCUGAGGGUAUAAAGCUGGUCCAGUGUUCCACGACCAGGCCAAAAACCCCAUUGUUCCUCCUGUAUCCGAGGAUCGCCUAUCGGCCAAAUUUUCCUCACCACUACCCUGGCAUAGACUUUCCCAGGGAGGCUGAGAAGUGUGAUCCUCCUAUAGUUGGAACACACUCUCGUGUCCUCCUUUUUGUGAAGAGGGACAACCUCCCUGGUUCGACAAUAUUCAGAGACUUGAGGUACUCAGGACGGAUCUCAUCCACCCCCGCUGCCCUGCCAGCUUACAAACUACCUCGGUGACCUCAGCCUGGGUGAUGGGCAAGUCCACCUCUGAGUCCCCUGUCUCUGCUUCUUCAGCAGAAGGCGUGUUGAAGGGGUUGAGGUGAUCCUCAAAGUACUCCUUCCACCGUCCAAUAACAUCCCUAGUUGAGGUCAACAGCUUCCUACCCCCACUGAAAACAGAGUUGGUGAAGCACUGCUUCCCCCUCCUGAGGCAUCGAAUGGUUUGCCAGAAUCUCUUUGAUGCCGAGCAAUAGUCCUCCUCCAUGGCCUCAUCGAACUCCUCCCAGGCCCAAGUUUUUGCCUCCGCAACGGCACGGCCUGCGGCAUGCUUGGCCUGUCGCUAUCCAUCAGCUGUCUCAGGAGUCCCACAGGUCAACCAGGCCUGAUAGGACUCCUUCUUCAGCUUGAUGGCGUCCCUUACCUCCAGCGUCCACCACCGGGUUUGUGGAUUACGACCACGGCAGGCACCGGAGACCCUGCGUCCACAGCUCUGAAAGGCCGCGUUGACAAUGGAGGCGAAGAACAUGGUCCACUCAGACUCUAUGUCUCCAGCCUCCCUCGGAAUCUGGUCUAAGCUCUCCUGGAGGUGUGAAUUAAAGGUCUGUCUGACAGAGGGUUCAGCCAGACAUUCCCAACUGACCCUCACUAUACGUUUGGGCAUGCCAAGUCGUUCCAGCCUUUUUCCCUGCCAGCGGAUCCUACUCAACACCAGGUGGUGAUCAGUUGACAGCUCGGCCCCUCUCUUCACCCGAAUGUCCAAAACAUAUGGCCGAAGGUCAGGUGAAACGACUACAAAGUCUAUUUUCGACCUCUGGCCUAGGGUGUCCUGGUGCCAUGUGCACCGAUGGUCACCCGUGAGGCUGUAAAUGGUUGCCAGGUCAUGGGCGACCAAUCCUGGGAAAAUAGUUUUAUUUUUUUUAAUAGAUUGUCACCUACAGAAGUUUUUACAAUGGCACCGCCAUUAUUGGCUGUGUAUUGGAGGGGAAUGAGCAGGGGUACAGGAGGGUCAUCUCUGACUUUGUGAGCUAGUGCGAGAAUAACCACCUGUAUCUAAACACCAGCAAAACCAAGGAGUUAAUACUUGUCUUCAGAACGUCCCCUUCGCCACACACACCGGUAAACAUCCAGGGCUCAGACAUUGAGACUGUGGACACUGUUAAAUACUUGGGUGUUCAUCUAAACAAUAAACUGAACUGUUCAAACAACACAGGCUCUGUGUACAAGAAGGGCCAGAGUCACCUCCACCUGCUGAGGAGACUGAGAUCAGUUGGUGUAUGCAGAGAGCGUUUACAGUCUUUUUAUAAUACUGUGGUGGCCUCAGCAGUCCUAUAUGGAGUUGUGUGCAGGGCAGGGGGCAGUACAGGCAGAGACAGGAAGAGACUUAACAAGCUGGUUAAGAAAUCCAGCUCUGUCUUGGGCUGCACACUGGAGUCCAUUGAGGAGGUGGCGGGCAGAAGGAUGUUGGCUAAACUAACAUCCAUUAUGGACUACCCCUCCCACCCCCUGCACCACACUGUAGAGGCUCUAAGCAUCUCCUUCAGCACCAGACUGUUACACCCCGAGUGCAGGAAAGAGCGCUACUGCAGGUCAUUCCUCCCCACAGCCAUCAGACUAUACAAUUCAGCACUGUAGUGACACAAAUACACUGCAUGCUCACUUACUUGCUGUUUUAUUGAAAUAACAAUAUUGUCACAUACCAAUCUGAAAAUCUCUUAUAAUUUACACUAUCUAGUACCUAAAAGAAAACUUCACCAAUUUUCAAUGGGGGUUGGCCAAAACAAUCUCGGGUAAUUUGUGAGUAUGAAGGGACACGCCAUAAUUUCUAUGAAGAGAAAUUAUCAUUCAUUCUUCCUCCAACACACCCUGGCAGAUUGUUUGCCAUGGGCUCACAGACUACAACUAGUGCUUCCUGGCUUCCUCCGUACCUGCCCCAACAACUAGUUGUGAUUUUUGAGCCACGGAAACCUAUCUGCCUAGACGUCUUACGGGAGGAAUAAAUGAUAACUUCUCUACAAAAUUAUGGAGCAAUCUGAUUGUCCCUUCAUUCUUAAAUAUUACCCAAGGUCAUUUUGGUCAACCCCCAUUGAAAAUCAAUGAGGUCUUACUUUAAGAUGUGCAUGUCCAUACACAUACACACGCAAUACACCAUACAUAAAUGUUGUAAAAUAUGCUCUUUCCGUAUUUAUUUAAUUUAAUGGAGUUCCUUGUUUCGUUCUGUUAAAACUGUUUCUGUUUUUAUCCUGUUUCCGUCUAAAGAAUUUGCUCAUCGUGGGAUUAAUAAAGUUUUAUCUCAUCUUAUUUGUAAAAUUAAUUGUUGAAAUAAAACCUUCCUAAAUUUUGUAUGAAAAAAAUAAGAAUGCUUUAAUUUGAAAAAGCUCAUAUGAAGGUGGCCUAGUAGCUCAAUAGGUAGAGAAGUACUGAACCUGGGAUAUUUUGCGUCCCAGGCCGAUUUUCAACGUUAUUCCACCUUAUGCCACAUUGUGCAUUCUGCUCUCCCAUAAGGGAUGGGUAAAGUGCAGUACAAAAUUUUCCAAUGGGAUAAGAGAAAAAAAAUAUCGAUUAUAUAAAAAAAAAAAACCAUCUUACAGUUUGCACAAUGUUAGGAUGUGAUAGGGGAUGAAGCCAGUACUUUGUCUUUGCCUAUGGGCUUUUACAUUUGAAGCAUAUUUUAUGCUUUUGUACAGUAUCUAUUCAUCAUCUUCACUGACAUCAACACUGACCACAUCCUUGUUGUUUUCCUAGUCUUAAUUUGCACAUUGGCAUAAAACCUUUACAUGAAGACAAAAGUUAAUUAGUGGAAGUAAUUUCAGUCAUUAGGUUUUUCUUGUGCUUAUGUAAUUUUAUGAUACUGUGUCUUUCAGUGCAUUCAUUCUGCCCCAUUAAUACACAACUGUGUGUUGCACUGUGAGUAACAUUUGUUGUUUGCGC